AUGUCUAUUAUAGAUGGGUUACAAGAUAAAUGGAGAUUGUCGUACGAUUACAAAGAUGGUAGACUCCAAUUUUACUUCUUCUAACGUUGUAUCGAAAAUUGGGCACGUACUUCUACAACGUAAGUUAGAUUAGGUCAAACAUCGCUUGUUUCCAGUUUCUUUUAAUUAACAUGUAUACCGUAUAAACUAUUGUCAUGUGAUUAUAUCUAUAGAGUUCAAAACAAAAUUCUUCUUCAUCAAGAUAUUUUUCAUUUCCUUCUCAGCAAUGAAAUUGACAUCAUGUCAGUUUAAACAUUCAAAGUUGUGUGAAGGAGAAAACAUUGUAAAUAUCCAUGGAUGGCGCCAGAAGAUUGUUAUGACAGGCGAUAACAGUAAGUUGACUAUUCAAGUCUUUAAUACAAUGAAUGCCCGUGUUCUGGGGUUUCAUUAUGCAUUUUUAAGGUGUUGCGAUCCUAAACUCUUUUAAAAGUAUGGAACUAUCGCGUAUACAUAGUUGCGUUUCUAUUUUUCACUAAACAUUUCAAGCCUUACCGGUAACCAGAGGCCGCGGACCCGGGGGGGGGGUAAUGGGGGCAUGUGCCUCCCACUUUUUUAAAAUGAAAAAGUGCCCUUUUUCUGGGCUAAAGUGCCCCAUUUAAAUUAACUAAGAACGAGAAAAGUAUUUCUUGAAUAACUCCUUCUUUUGCUGGAAAGAAAAUGCCCUUUUUGCAGCAGUAAAGACUCUAUAAAGGUCAUUUCCGACGUUAUAGAAACUCCAUUUUAUAAACAUUUUCGUUCGGCUUGUGAAAGACAUAAAAUUUCUUGAUUUAGGUCGUAUACAAAAGUGCCCCUUUUGGUCAAUGCACCUCCACUUUUGAAAUGCUUCCGCGGCCUCUGCCGGUAACCAUAUUCCUUUGGCAACCCCUGCGUGACAACCCCUGCGAAUAAACCUGCACAAGGCUACAAUCACGUAUUGUACACAAAUAUCACAAUCUGUCUUCAUGUUUUUACAAAACAGAAGGAACGUAAAUUUUCAUUAGUGAAGAAGUCAUUGCAAACUUUGCCGUUUUGAUUUUUGUAAUUCCAGGUAAAAUGCAUAUCUUAUCGACUAUAGAGAACAUCACAUCUUCGCUUAAAUACGAAUGGAUUAAAUAUACGAAGAUCGUUCAGAAAACUGGAAUAUGCCUGAGAUUUCAAUAUAAAACAAAUGGCGACAACAAUACAUUGACAAUGUAUUUGAAAACUUUGUCUGCGAACAUGACAUUGGUUUGGAGGUUACGUGGUAACCAUGGAAACAAGUGGAAGUAUGGAGCCGUAACCUACCGUCCUAGUGAAGCUCUUUCGGUAAUUAUCGUGUUCCCUUUGACAUUUGUAAAGUGUUUGUUUGCUUGCAUGCAUGCUUGCUUACAAUACGAAUUAAUGAUGUUCUAAAUUCUUAUUUUAGUUUAUUUUCGAGGGUCAAAUUAGCCAACAAAAAACUACAGUCUCUUUAGCUAAUAUUAUGGUUACAACUGAGUCUUGUAACAGAGAUGUCUACCCUCUCUAUGCUGAUCCAGGUAUAGUACAAGAAGUUAGUUGCAUGAGAGGGUCGGGAAAAUUGGCACGUAAUUUAAUACUAGUGAAAUUAAAAUUAAAUUUAAAAGCGAUCGCGUGACAAAAAUAAACCAUCGAAGUGAUUUAGAAAUGUAAACAAGAAAUGUGAAUCACAAGUUGUAAGGACAAGGUGAUUUACAUUAUAUGAUUUACAUUCUUUGUUUUUAACUAAACAAACUUGAUUGGAUUUUUUGUCACGUGAUUGCAUUCAUAUUUACUAAUAUAAAAUAAUAUGUAUUAUUCCGAUCCAAAUUCCCGACGAAGGGCCUUUACUCGAUUAAUUUCUGCUCAUUUUCUUGCAUUAAUAUGAUAUUAGGGACCGAUCAUAAAGUAAAAGGGGGGUGGGCUGGGAAAAAUAGGUGGGUGGGUCACUUUUUUGAGCACAGUUGAAGGGGUGGGUCAUCGAAAGUUAAGCGCAAUCAUAAGGGUGGGCCAUGUAAAAAUAUGCAGAGGAUUGGGCCCCAGUCAUUUUUUCUAUUAAAAAUUUCCCCCAGAGAAGAAGAUAUCUGUUUUUUGGGCUAAGUACCGAGAUUUGGUAUGAAAAAUUAAGAUAAAGUCCUUGAAAAGCAAUUGCAACGUACUCGUGCGGAAUUUUUUUUUACCUAAAAAAGUUGUCGACGGGGGGGGGGGGUCCAAAAAAAUUUACCGGAAAAUUGAAAAGGUGUGUCAAAUUUUUCAGCACCAAUUUAAGAUGGCUAAAAUUUCAGUAGCUAUUAAGGUAUACCAAAGUAGGCACCAAAUAUAUGAUUUCCCCCCCCCCCCCCCCUUUUACUUUAUGACCGGUCCCUUAUUAGCUGUUUUCGUUGCACAUUCGUCCUGCUUGUUGAAGUUCUUAAUAAUAGUAGUGCUUUAUAAUUGUAAAAGUGUAAAAUUUAAGGCGGUUUCUUCAUACGUCCCCGUAAUAGAUUAAGUUUUGCAUGCUUAAGUUCGCUAUUGUCACUACCUAUACGGGGACUGAUCAUUCUUUUUUGAAAUCUUCCUUGUUUCUAGAAUAUAAAUGCCACUCGAGUAACUUUGUAUGCGCGAAUGGAGAGUGUAUUAACCGAGGUCUUGUCUGUGAUGGUGACAAGAAUUGCGCUGACGGCUCGGACGAAGUAUUUUGUGAAUGUCUUGCCGAACAAUUCAAGUGCGAAAUGUCUGAAGAAUGUAUCGAUGUUAGACAGAUGUGUAACGGUUUGAACGACUGUGAUGAUCGAAGCGAUGAACAGAACUGUUGUAAGAUAUUAAUUCUAAGCUCCAUAAUAGUUUAAUAACAAUUUAAAUCUGGUAUUCUUUACGAACAAACUGGUUUGGUGUUUAUAACGUAUCCAAUCAAUUUGCAAUUUUUGGAAAUGAAAGGGGAAAGUUGUGCAAAUCUAUAUUCGAUACCACUAAAAAUAUUCAUCUUUAAUUUAAUAUCUAUAGAUAAAACUUGUAAGCCUGACCAAUUUUAUUGUCCAAGCGGCGUGUGUAUUUCAUGGAAUUUAACCUGCAAUGGAGUUUGGAAUUGCCCAGAUGGAGCAGAUGAACCGCUCGUGUGUGGCAACAGAACAGCAGGUAGAGUGUGAUUAGUUUCUGGUGUUUUUUAAUCAGGAAACGAGUUAAAACAGCAUGUUUGAACCAAGGUACGUUUUAAGGUCGAAAUCUUGAUCUCAUUGAAUUUCUCGCCUUGUUUUUCUAGAAAACCAGGCGUGCAGCCUGAAUGAUCUUGGUUGCCUAAUUUAUUCAAGAAAUAUAACUUUUUGUCGAGAAUCUGCUGACGGUUAGUACAUUAACAUGGUCUUAGUUUAAUUGAGCGUAUAUAUUAUUUAGAAACUAUUUAACAGUUAAUCACCGAAGGCGAGGUGAUUGCAAGCCUAGAGUACUGUAUAUUCACUGAGCUGCAAAGCAGCGAAGUGAAUAUACUAGCCUUGUGUUCACGAGCCUGAGGUGACUAAUUGUUAUUGGUAUAAAUUCAGUAUUGAAAAAUAAUAAUAUAUACAAACGUUGUAAAUAUACUUCACUCUUCCGCUUUUGAGUCAAAGGAAUCCAGCUGUCGGAACCGUGUCGCCUGGCCGAUCGCGAUUCUGUUAUUUUCCGGUUUUAAAUUACCAAAUAAAUUGUUUUAGGCAUCUAAAAGGUGCUUUUGUCAUUCGGAAAUAGAUAACACGAUAUAUUGCUGCUUCUUUUGCUUUUUGGAAUAGUAUGUACUUUAAUUUCUUCAAUUUUUUCUUCGAUAAUUUUUGCAAGUGGAUUUUCUGCAGCCAUUUUGUUUUGAAAGCAAUAGUUACUGCUCAGAGCAGUCUGAGCUGUAACUAUUGCAUCAGAGUUACUGCUGAGGGAGCCAAUCAGAGCGCUUGAAAGCCAUUUUUCAAUACACAACUGAAUUUAUGCUAAAUCAUUGUAUGCAGAUCAUUCCAUGCAUUGUAAUCCAGAAAUAGAAUUAAGUCGAUCACAGAACUAGCCCAUAAAAACAAUUGGCUGCCUUUAUAUUUAUUCUAUAUUUGAUAAAGAGCACUAUAUCUUCGCCGCAUUUUUGCACCAUCAUUAUUUGUUGAAAAGCAGAUAUUAUCUUUACUUGUACCGGCAAAGCAACAUGUAAAGGAAUUGACAGCUUAUAUAUCAUAGAGUUGUCAGUAGGUUCUGUCAUUUGACACGGAAUACUACUGUAACCUAAUAAUUGUGAGGACACAUAAUAGAUGAAGAUGUAAUUCUUGAUGAGGCGAGGGAUUGUUAAGAUAAAGAAACACACUUUACGCAUAAUAUCAUAGUAUACUGAACAUUAGCAUACUACUUCAAGACAAUGCAAUGCAAUUCAGCGCAAAAAUGUUAAAUAAACCUGUAAAGUCAAAGACUUUCUCGUUCUCCCAGCCCUGACAAAAACAGAUCACAACAUUUUAUUUAUAGAAGUUUUCAUCAAUAACGCGAUCGUGUUUAGGUAGUUGCAAUUUUGAAAAAGAUGGUCUUUGUGAUUGGCAACAGAUCCAAAAUGGUGAAGACAACUUUGAUUGGUCCAUUAACAGUGGCGAGACAUCAUCCAAGAACACUGGGCCGGAAGUUGAUCAUACAACUGGUUCUAAGGAAGGUUGGAAUUUGUACAGUAAUUUCUAAUAAUAUUCCAUACCAUCCAACAGCACACCAUACCAUUUUUGCCUUACCAUUACGUGCCAUGCCGUAUCAUAUCCUUUCCCCAAUAUUCACUAUAGAACUAUAGAACUAGAAAUACAUGUAUGCACCAACCCCUCGCUCAUAUUUUCCAAACAUUAAUUCAAGAUGAAUUAUUAGUAAUUGACUAACACUGAAUGCAGGCUUGCGUUGACGCCCAAGUGUUGCCAUGACAACACGAUAUUUUUAAAUUUUUUAUAUUUUUUGUACAAAAUGAGGGAAAAAUGCCAAAAAGUUUUGAAAUAUUAAUGCUUUUAUCUAUACAAUGCUUUUAACUAUACAAAAAUGAAUUUGCGAAAUAUUUACUGUCGAUAUGCUAUUUCGCAUUUUGUGAGCUUUGAUUUAAUGUAACAUUUAUUCUGAAACUCUUCGUAAAAUCUUUUCAAAUGUUCAUUCAAGACUUCAAGUAUAUUAAAACUACUUUUGUUGAUAAAUUGUAGUAACUAUUUAAUAAAACAAAUAAUAAUUUCAAUAACUAUUUAAGUUUUUUCAAACAGAUUAGUAAUUUCACAGCUACGUUGAAUGGGAAAGCAGUGCAUGUUUUACGCAAAAUAUUGAAGCAACAAAAUUCAUAAACGUAAACAUUCAAAGCAAACUUACCCUAUAUUUCACGGCCAUUUCGCAUGGUAUAUCAGUUUUUCUUAUUUCUAGCUUGAAGGCAAAAUCGCUCAAAAGCUCAUGGUAUGAAACGAUUUUCCAAAUAGAUGUCUUUAAAAUUUGAAAUAUUGCUUAUCCCACUCCUGGCAAACAGCCAUGUUUUUGCUAUCAGUGAGGAGGUCCCCUCACAUACGUACCCAUGACACGACUUUAACUUUCACUAAUGCUUUCCUUUUUCCGGCUGUAAAUAGCCUAAAGGAAUUAGUUAAUAACCUCGCCAUAGGUUUACGCCCGGAACGGCGCUCCACGCAGUUGGCUCGGGGAUAAUAUAUUAUAAACUGACACUACACCAUAUUAUACAGUGAAAUUAUAUACAUUAUCUACCUUUUGUUUUGUUGCACCGUCUCUCCUACUAAAAAUAUUAAUUACUUUUUAAGGAUCAUAUAUCUAUAUCGAGGCAAGUUCUCCGCGUGUUCAGGGUGAUAAAGCAAUACUCAAGGCUGGUCCUUUUGAGAAUAAUGUAAAUUUGUGCUUCACUUUUCAAUAUCACAUGUUUGGCAGCAACAUUGGCAGUCUCAGUGUGUAUCAAGCUUGGAAUAGAGCAGACAGACUACUGGUUUGGACAAGAAACACAUCAACCAAUGAUGCUUGGAAAACAGCCUGGUUUGAUAUCAGAUCCGAGCAGCAAUUUUUUGUAAGUCCAAUCUGACAGGGAUCACCCUUCUGUGCGACCAAGGGGUGUCGUGCCCCCAAUUUUUUCGCCGAGUAAAAUAAAAAUAUAUAUUGAUAUGCAUGGAUAAAAAUAAUCUUCGUUCACUCGGGUCCAAAACACACUCCACGAUCACUGUCAGAAAUGAAUGGCAUUUUCUAGUAGUUGCUCCAAAUUUUAUUGUGAGGGUUAAAACAACCAAAGUCUCAAAUUACAUAGCUAGAGCUUUGAAAAUUUUCAGUUUUACACCGCAACAUCUUUUAAAUUACUACAUUUCUGCUAUUAUUGUUACAUAAACCCAGCCAAGACAAACGUUAGCCUACAUGAAUCAUACUGAGGUUGUUCUAAGAAAGAUUUUAGAUUCCAGUAAAAAAUUCUGUUUUUAAUUUAAGGCAAUAGCUCUGCAAACGAACUGUAAUUAAAACACACAUCGCCAAGUUGUGACUACAUUUUCUAAAUUGCAGUUGUUAAUUGAGGGUGUUUGUGGCGAUGGUUCCCUGGGUGAUAUUGCUGUUGAUGAUAUUUCUGUGGUUCAAAAAAACUGUUCUCAAGUUCACAACGGUAAAAAUUUGUUUUGGCAAUCAUGCGGGAUGGAGUGCAAUUAAUGAUUAACACUACGAGUAAUAUUUGAAAAAUGUGCCAAAAGACUCCUUUUCAUUUUUUGUCCUGUAUAGUCUCGUCUCCGUUUUGUUCGUUCGAAGAAGAUUGUAUUUGGAAAUGGACUGCAGGGGUUUGGGAACUUACACGAGUGGGCGACAGGAAUAGUUUUAUGCUGCAAGGUGUGUUUUAUAAUAUUCAAAAAUGACGUAACAUUCUUUUGCCGGUAAAAAGGCUCUCCAGACCAUUUCAUGUAUUGGCUAUAUCAGCCAUUAAUUACCAGGUGUUUCGUAGAUAUUGUAUAUGUAUAGGCCUAUGUUCAGCAUACAGUUCCACAAACAUUCACUAGGUGGAUUUUAAACAAUGCCACGAGACUGUUAAUUAAGUCACGGUCAAAAGUGGAUGAGAGUUGUGUGAGUAGGCAGCCACUCAUUAUUACGGGAGACAUUUCAAGAUGUAUAGUUUAACAAAAGAAAGGUAAGUGUUCCAACAAUACGUUUUAACUUAACUAGAAUAACCAAGGUCACGUGACUGUCAAACUCUCAGUAACUGUCAUCUUCGUUUGAUCCUGGCUUAACUUAUGCACAAAGACAAAUGGAGUUCAAGUAAUGACAUCUUAAUCAGAUACUUAUCAAUGAUGUACAGUAAGUCACCGGUAUUGAUUGGAGAUACCCCGAUAUUAAUUUUGAAUAGCUGCAACUCUUAUUUUAACUCAAUCUAAAUACACUAGAUUACUUCCUAAAGACAAAGACAUCAGGAAAACUUUGGGCUACGUUAUCUGAAGAAAUGACUGAACAAUUUCAGUGCAUGACUUUCUGGUAUUCGUUUUAUUAUUGCAACGGUAUGUCAUUUUACUCAACCCAAGAGCUUGAAUCAAAUACACUUCAAAUGUACCACAGUCUGUCAGAUGUACAGGGACAUGUCCAAUGGCUGUUUGGUGAGAUGCCACUUGAAAGAUGUUACGCAAAAUCGCAGGUAUGGAAUUCCAAAUGUUUGAUUUGUUGAUAUUGAAAUUUGUCUUUAAUUCCAAUACGUUAUUUAAAUUUAUGCUGUUAAACUAGGUUACUUUCAAAGUACAUAUUCAAUCUGAGACGCCUUAUCCAGAAACAACUUCUUAUAGACAGUCGUCUAAAUGUUACCUUGGAAUUGACGAAAUAAAUUUUUCUAUUGAACCAUGUUUAAGUUUUCAACAAGGUGAGUUUUUCAAUGCCAAGGUCAGUCUUUGGGCUGUUUUGGGAAUUGGAACGCCGCAUUUAGUAAUACUUUCUGUGUAUAUGACAUUACAUUAUUGCACUGAACGAUUAUUGAACCUGGACAAAAUAGUUUAAGAACAGUUGUUACUGUAUAUCAAGAAGACGAAUAAAUGCAAUAGUCUAACAGAAGCUGUCUUCAGCCUAACCACAUUUUGGUUCAGGGACAAUGGAUGUGAUUCUAAUAUAGCUUCAGAAUCCUCUCAUAAGAACACCGCCUACAAUGUCAAAAGUGAUGUGUGGGCAUCCCCGGCCUCCCUAAAGAAGCAGCGUUAACAUGAUGGCGCAGAAGAAGAAUAUAGACUUAUAUCUUAAAGGAGGAUAAUAUUAAUAAACUAUAAGCUCAAGGAUCGUUCCGAUUUUGUUCCGUUCUGUGUGUUGGUCUGUUGGAUCAUUUGAGAUGUUCAGGAUUUUAAAUGUUUUACUUUCAGGUGGUUCAGUCUGGAUCCGAAAAUCUUCCACAUUUUACAAAGUUUUGAAGAAGCAAAACAGGGAUGGGACAAUCACUGCCUUUUAUAACUGCCGCUUUCCAUCAAGUGAUUCUGACGCUUUACAACAUUUUGAUACUUCGCGGUCUAGAUGUCAAAGCUUUAUAGAUAAAAUAUCUCCAAACCGUGUGAAUUAUGUUGUUGAGGAUGCUAAGUCGUUAGAAUACUCCAAGAUUCAUGUUGGGAAAAGGGUAUUUGUAGAAGAAAGCGUAAAUACAGCCGUCUUAGGGACCGUGAUUUUGAGAACUGUGGACACGUUUCAACAUAAAUUGACUGUUCGACUUGAUUCCGACGGAUCAGAUAUUGUACCUGAAAAUGAAAACGUCCGCGUACUUCCAUAUCAGUUAGAUAGACAUGGUGAGUGAAUAUAGUGAGCUUAAGCAAGUGACGUUUUUGACAACACGAACGGCAUAAGUAACGUCAAAAGACUGGGUUAAGGGCCGUGAAUGGUGAAAAACGUCAACUUUAUUUCCGGUUGAAGUCCAUGUUGUCAAAAACGUCACUUGCUUAAGCUCACUAAUAUUUAUUUAACACGAGCGGAGUGAUAUGAAACACUAUAAGAAACUAGAAGUUACUGUCGCAAGGAAAAUGCUGCCUCACCCCCAGGGAUUAAAGGCAGCAUGCACAAUUUGCUGAAUAAGGGGCUGUUUAUAUGAUCCCGCUUUACCAGCAGAUAUGAGGGAGGAUGAUUUUGAUGUGCUUAAAUAAGUCACAAUGCAUGAUUCAGCAAAAAAAUUUACUCUUUUUUAGAGAUGGAUUACGGUAUAGUUAACUGUAAACGAAAGGUUGCCUGUUCAAGCAUAAUAUAACCUUCUUAAACCACAAGAUCUUCUCUACAUUUGAACUACUUCUCUACAUUUGAGCGUUUGAAUUUCCGUUUAGCCUAGUGACUAAUAUUUUAAUACAUCAAAAUCAUCCCUUUUUCCAUCAUGCAAACAGCCCUUAAGACGCCUGUUCAGGAUGUAGGAAAAGUCCAAUUUGAAUAUCAAACUAUCAACACAUCAAAAACCAAAUUUAUUUUAUUUCGAUCCUCAAAAAAGAAAAAGAAACACGUAGUAAAGUUGUUCAUCAAUAACGACGAUAUCAAACAAGUCAAAAGUACAACCUUUUUAGGAGUAUUUAUUGAUGAAUGUUUAUCAUGGAACGAUCAUAUCGAUUCCGUUGCAAAGAAAAUUAUAAAAUCUGCAGGAACUAUUGCAAAAAUUCGUCAUUUUACAAAUUUGAAUACUUUAAAACUAAUAUACUAUGCUUUAGUCUAUCCAUAUCUAAUCUAUGGCAAUCUAAUAUGGAGUAACACAUACAAAACAAGAAUUCAAAAGUUAACAAAUGUUCAAAAGAAAAUAAUUCGUCUUAUGACAUUUCAAUCCAAUUUUUCUCACACUGAAAAAAUAUUUAUUGACCUACAGAUCUUGAAUCUCAGUAAGUUAAAUAACUACCUUACAAGUCUUUUCAUGUUCCGAUAUCAUCAUUUAAAGAACUUGCCAAUAACUUUCACAAACUUUUUUAUUUCAAAUAACCAAAUUCACCAAUACAACACUCGAAACUCAACUAAACUUCAUAAGUCUUAUCAGAGAACUAACUACGUCAAGCACUCGCUUUCAGUGAAUCGAAAGGGGUGGACGUUUGGAAUAAUCUUGACAGUAAUUUAAAAAUAAUAACAUCACGUCCCAUUUUUAAGAAAAAAUCCAAAAUACACUUUCUAUGUAAUUAAUCUUAUAAAUCACUUUAACUGUAAUUUCUCUUCAUGUAAAUAGAUAUUUAACUCAAGCUUCUCAUUUAAAUUAAUAAAAGUAAAUACUCUCCUACAAAUAUUGAAUGUAACAUAACCUCACUUUUUGUAAAUACAUAGAACCGAUGACAAUUUAACAAUAUAUAUUAGCAUCAAGACUUUAAACUAGGGGUCUAAAUCAAAAGCCUGUUCAAGGUUUCUAUAGACUCCUAGCCCAAAUGUUUCUACUUUAUUUUAUUUACUUUUUAUGUAACAUAAUGGUAUAUCACAUGGGCAAAUCAUUAAAUAAAAAAUAAAAAAAAAUAAUCUUGAAAUUACAAUCGAGCAUGCACAGCAGUGCACAUUGCCCUGCAUGCGAGCUACUUUAUGGUUAUACAUCAUAAAUAUCUCAUACUUUCCCAUCACCUUUAAUUUAGCUCCCACCUGGCUCAAGAAAAAUCAGAACUGCCAUUCACACAUCAAUGGUUCAUGUUAUUUUUUCUCACGCACAAAACUAAAUUGGUUUGAGGGAGCUGACUAUUGUAAGAUGCAUGGUGGAGAGAUCGGGAAAUUUAACACAGAAUACGAAGAACAAUUCCAUAAGAACAUGUUUGAAUUACGUUUGCCAUUUUGGAUUGGAUAUCAUGGACAUAAAUACCAUGGGACGAAGUUCGUAUGGAGUGAUGGUAGUGCAGAUCUAUAUAAUAAACUUAAUGGAGAAAGUUUGAUACAAGGUUUAUUCGCUGGUUUAUGUACGUUGGUCACGAAGUCCGAACUAUGGAAUAGAGCGCAUUGUAAUGAGACUCAUAUUGUUCUUUGCCGUAAGCCAGGUGACAGUAUAAGCCAGUGA